AUGCCGCAACGAGACAAUCAAAACCAAUUCUCAUCUAGCGACGAGGCUAUUCAUGAGAACAUAAAUGAUACCACAGAGUCACCGGAAAGCGAGAAUAUAGACUCUUACCCAAAUCACUCAAAGCAUAAUCAUGGCUGGCGCCAUCUUGUGCGGAAUUUCACACCGGCUUGGUUCUCAGUCAAUAUGGGCACUGGGAUUACUUCUAUUCUGCUCAACACUCUACCCUAUAAUGGCAGAUGGCUAUACUGGAUAUCAGUGGUGAUAUUCUGUUUGAAUGUCCUCCUUUUUAUCAUCUUCUCCACCAUCACCAUCUUGCGAUAUAUCCUCUACCCAAAGGCCUUCUACCUCAUGGUGACACAUCCCGCGCAAUCCCUUUUCGUCGGAACUCUCCCUAUGGGGUUUUCAACAAUUGUCAAUAUGUUUUGCUAUAUCUGCGUACCAGCUUGGGGAGAGUGGGCUGUUUACUUUGCCUGGGCUCUGUGGAUUGUAGAUGUUAUCAUGUCUGUUAUGACAUGCUUCGGGAUACCAUUUAUUGUAAUGACUCGAUCAGCUCACAUCGAACUACAAGCGAUGGGCGCCGCUUGGCUGCUUCCCAUUGUGUCUUGUGUCGUUGCGGCGGCAUCGGGGGGUAUCGUGGCUGAUUACCUCCCAAAUCCUCAGUAUGCUCUAGGGACUAUUAUCGCGAGCUAUUUUCUAUGGGGAGUCGGAGUGCCCCUAGCAAUGAUGGUCAUUGUCAUUUAUUUGAUGCGUCUUAUGCUGUACAAACUACCACCAAAAGCAGUGAUUGUUAGCACGUUCUUGCCCCUUGGUCCUCUUGGUCAAGGCGGGUUCGGAAUUCAAAAAUUGGGGAUAGUUGCACAAAAGGUCUUCCCCCUUACAGGAACAUUGAGACCCGGAUCAGGAGAUACGUUCUACGACAUCGGGUUUCUGGUGGCUCUACUCAUGUGGUCAUUUGGCUGUUUAUGGUUGUUCUUUGCAGUGGCAGCCAUUAUUCGGUCGAGGAAAUUUCCAUUCAACCUCGGAUGGUGGGCAUUCACUUUCCCGCUCGGCGUCUUUGCAAACUGUACCAACCAGCUGGGUAAAGAAAUGCCGUCUAGGUUCUUUAGGGUCCUAGGCACAAUACUAUGCGUUUGUGUUGUAUUAAUAUGGAUUGUGGUGUCGCUCUUCACGCUAAAGGGAGCUUUCAAUCGCAGUCUUUUCGUGGCACCUUGUCUGGCUGACUUCCAGGAGUAUGAGCCUCAGAAGUUUCAGAAAGAGAAGCACUGA